CUAGAGACAAUUACUUCAGAACUUUCAACACUACUCGGGCCAUUCUCUUACGAUCAAUGGAGGAAUUAGAUGGUGGCUCUUGGGUUUGCAGGGCAAGGUUCUCCAGCAUGGCCUUCCCUAGUUUGGAUACCGUGAAGCUUUCAGAAAAUCUAUUAUCUACUGAACAACGAUGGAAUUUGUACAAGUUUUGCUUGGAUUUGAAGUUGAAGAAUUCAACAUCUUUGUCAGAAACAACGAGCUUUACAUCAUCAUCAUCAUCAUCACCUGCGACUUCCUCCAAUGGCCUUGAUCAAAAGCUGAGGAAUUUGGACAUAGAUUCUUCUGAAUCAAAGCCAACAACAUCAAGGAAAACAGACCCUGAUUCCAGGAAAUCUAAUUUGUUCUUAAAUAGGAGGAAUGAACGAAGAAGAUCAAGGGGAGGAAAUAGAAGGUCUGUGUCUCCACUUGGCAGUACCGAACUCUCUGAUACCUCCAAAGAGGAAAGCAAGUCUCAUGGAAAGAGAUUCUUUUUACUACCACUCAGACGACAUAAAUCCAAAAAUAAGAGUGUAUCAAAAGAUGAUCUUGUGCAACAUGCUACCAGGGCAACAUCACCUUCAAGUUUGGAGAAGCUGAAAGACAAGAAGGAGAAUAAUUCUUGGUCUACUUGUUUUUAUGCUGGUGUUGGGAAAGUCAUGGCUGUAGAGGAUGUAUAG